AUGGCGUUACACUGCGCAUCAUCGGCCAAGCUGGCCUUGCCAACCCUCCUGCGCAGUGUGUUCCGCUCCGAGGUAACCUGUGACUUGUCUUCUCCUGUUCGCCGCUGGCCACCUCUACGACCGCUCCAGCAUUCCCAACACACCCGUCCUUUUACUUCCAAUCUGCGCUUUCUCCAGUCCCAAAGCAACGACUCUGUCUCUACGCAACCUGAAUUCUACUCUUCUCCGUCUUUUGAGUCCACGCCGCAACCGGCAAGCACCCUGGACUCGACCGCGCCACACCAGAAAAACCGGUCUCAAGGCACGAAGUCUAGACCAACAAACAAACCAAGAAAUACCAAGGAUCAAACCGAGACAAAGAAACCCAGGGACCGCAAGGAUCGCAUGGAUUCGGAUAAGGAAAAGGAUAAGAAGCGCGACAAAGCGAACAAACUGCCAAAGCAACCUAAGAAACCCGAGACAUGGGAGAUCCAAAAGGAUGCACUGGGAAAGAAGUUCCCUGAUGGAUGGAACCCGGCAAAGAGACUCUCCCCCGAUGCUUUGGAUGGUAUUCGACACUUGCAUACGACCGCUCCAGAUCGAUUCACGACUGCUGUUCUCGCCGAAGAGUUCAAGAUAUCCCCGGAAGCUAUUCGCCGAAUCCUAAAAAGCAAAUGGAGACCAUCGGAGGGAGAGAUGGAUAAGCGACGCGUGCGAUGGGAGAACCGCCACGAACGUAUCUGGAGCCAGAUGGCGGAGUUGGGUUUGCGCCCGCCGACUCAGCGCUCGCAGCCUUUGUCGGAUACCAGGGGGCUAUUUAAAGAUAAGAAGAAAUAG